AUGUGGCCCCACUUGAUGAUGGGGUUCUCCGAUUACAUUCAAGCAUUAGAAUCUGAACGCCGUAAAAUCCAUGUCUUCUCCAAGGAGCUUCCUCUUUCCUUGGAGCUCGUUACCCAAGCCAUUGAAGCCUGUAGGCUCCAGUUAAGUGGAAGAACGUCGUCGGGGACGAAUUUGAAUAAUUUGAAUGGCCAAUCGGAGUGUUCAAGACAGACAUCAUCGGAAGGACUUGUUUUGGAGGAGUUCAUACCUAUAAAGAAAAGGACAUCCUCGGAUUGUGGGGAAGACGAUGAAGAUGAGCAAAACCCGCUUGAACGCAAGAUUGCAAAGGAUAAUAAGAACGCUGAUAAGAGCAAAUCGGAUUGGCUUAGAUCCGUACAACUCUGGAAUCCACAAUCCCCAGUUAAAGAGGAUAUUCCUCGGAAAACGUCGGUGUUGGAAGUAAAGAAAGAUGGAGGUGCUUUCGAGCCAUUCCACAGAGAACCAAGUGUUGGAAAUACUACUUCGUUAACGGCCAAAGCAUGCUUGUCGUCGGCGCCGGCGCCGGCGCCGGCCCCUCCAGUCGCCGGAAGCAAAAAGAAAGAAGAUAAAGAAGCACAUAAUAAAAGGAAGCAACGGCGGUGCUGGUCUCAGGAGCUGCACAGGCGCUUCGUGAACGUCCUUCAGCAACUUGGUGGAGCGGAUUCUGCAACACCGAAGCAGAUAAGGGAACUUAUGAAGGUUGAUGGCCUAACAAAUGAUGAAGUGAAGAGUCAUUUACAGAAAUUUCGAUUGCACACGAGGAGGUCAAGCCCAUUGAUUCAGAACAAUGGCGAUUCGCAAGCGGCUCCAUUUGUACUGGUGGGGAACUUUAUAGUGCAACCGCCGGAACAUGCAGCGGCGGUGGCUACUUUGAAGGCGUCAGAGAAAAUGCCGACGCUGGGGGCGCCGCUGCCUGGAAUUUAUGCGCCGGUUCCGAUGAAGGGUGAUGGGAGGCAACUGGAUUUGGGAAAUAACUGUUGUGGACGCGUACGUUCAAAUUCAGAAGGCAGCGAAGUGGCGGAUCAUUCAAAUUCACCAACUUCGUCUUCCUCCACACACAUUUGA